AUGCUGAGAGCAAGGGUUCAGUUCUUGCUGGGAAUUCUUUUGCUAGCAUCACUUUCUAUCUCUUUCGGCAUUCUCCACUGGGAGCACCAAGAGAGCCAAGAAGAGUCUGAUUCAAGAGGACAAAAUAACCCCUUCUACUUCAGCUCCCACAAGAGGUUCCACACUCUAUUCAAAAACCAAUAUGGUCAUCUUCGGGUCCUCCACAGGUUCGACCAACGCUUCGGACAAAUUCUAAAUCUUGAAAACUACCGUGUCGUACAGUUCAAGUCCAAACCCAACACCCUCCUUCUUCCUCACCAUGCUGAUGCCGAUUUCCUCCUAGUCGUCCUUAAUGGUAGAGCCAUACUCACUUUGGUGAACCCUGAUGGCAGAGACUCCUACAUUCUUGAGCAAGGCCAUGCUCAGAAAAUCCCUGCAGGAACCACUUUCUUUUUGGUUAACCCUAACGACAACGACAAUCUCAGAAUAAUCAAACUCGCCAUACCUGUUAACAACCCUCACAGAUUUCAAAACUUUUUCCUAUCUAGCACAGAAGCCCAGCAAUCCUACUUGAGAGGCUUCAGCAAGAAUAUUCUAGAGGCCUCCUUCGAUAGCGACUUCAAGGAGAUAGACAGGGUUCUAUUUGGAGAAGAGAGACAACAACAGCAUGGGGAAGAGAGUCAGGAAGAGGGAGUGAUUGUAGAACUUAAAAGGGAACAGAUUCGGGAAUUGAUCAAACAUGCCAAAUCUAGUUCAAGGAAAGAACUCUCCUCCCAAGAUGAACCAUUCAACCUGAGAAACAACAAUCCCAUCUACUCCAACAAAUUUGGAAGGUGGUAUGAGAUCACCCCGGAGAGAAACCCCCAACUUAAGGACUUGGACGUGUUCAUCAGUUCUGUGGAUAUGGAAGAGGUAGAGCAUUUCUUCCUGCACCUCACCAGACUCAUCCUAUACCUCCCAAUUCUUUUUUAA